GCGUGAAUUGAAGUGCGCCUCUUAUUUAUUUAUUUAUUUAAUUAAUUUCAAUAUAUAUUUCCCUCUUCGUAUCAUAAAUAUUCAUUCAAUUCAAUGCACAUCGUCGUCAUCUAUUACGAUUGUACCUUCCCUAUGUGAACAGUGAUUUCACCUCAACAACCCCUUUUUUCCUUCUUCUUCUUCUCUGCGCUUUCUCAAUUCAGUUGGCGCUGAAUCGAAGGUGGGGAACUUCUUAUCUCUUUUCUUUUUCAUCACCCACUUCCAUUGGGCUUUUCAAUUUCUUGUUCACUCUAUUUUUCAGUGUUUCCUUCUCUGCAUGUUAUUGGAUUGGAUUACUUGGCGUGGAACAUAUUUGGGUUUGUUUAGUUUUAGAUUGAUGCAAGCGGUAAUCUCUAGGUGUAAGGUGGUUCUUUCUGGUUUGGAAUCAUUUCAACUUUGUCGGAAGAAAAGGCUUUUGGUUCCUUGUCAUGAUUAAUGUUUAGAGAUGGUUUUGUAUGAGCAUUCGGAUGUUUUUCAGUGGGGUCUUAAUCUUCUUGAUGGUGACCCUGCUUAUAGUCCUGGAUACUAUGGCAACAUAAUUCAACAUGAUACUGGAGACAUCUAUAAUGGACACUACUUCCAUAGCCAUUAUGAUAAUGAAUGCAACCAUGUAGAGAAUGAUGAGAUCAUUGCCCGUACACUUCAAGAAGAGUUUUCACAGCUAGAGAUUGCUGAAUCUUCCGGAUAUUUUCAGCAAGGUGAACAACAGUUCCAUGUUCCUGAGACUCAGCCUUCAUAUGAUUGGCAUAACUCUUCAAUGAUGAACUACUGCUCAGGAGAUCAUGAUUAUGCUCAAGAAGGAGUUGGUGAUGGAGAACCCUCUAGUUCAUGUUCUAGUCCUUGUGAAACAGAGGAAUAUUCAUUGGAGCUAACUGACAAUUAUCCACUUGAUGAUGAAGUUGGGAGGAGAUUGAGUCAAAUGAUACCAAUUCCCCAUGUUCCAAAAAUUAAUGGUGAAAUUCCUUCAAUUGACGAAGCAACUUCAGAUCAUCAAAGGCUUCUGGAUAGAUUGCUGUUAUAUGACUUUGUGGAGAACAAAGUACAUGGCGAUGGUAAUUGUCAGUUCCGAGCACUGUCUGAUCAAUUGUAUCACGCACCUGAUCACCACAAGUUUGUGAGACGACAAGUUGUUGAUCAGCUUAAAUCUAAUCCAGAGAUUUAUGAUGGAUAUGUUCCCAUGGAGUACGAUGAUUAUUUGGACAAGAUGUCUAAGAGUGGCGAAUGGGGUGAUCAUGUUACUCUCCAAGCAGCUGCAGAUUCGUAUGGUGUGAGAAUUUUUGUGAUGACUUCUUUCAAGGACACCUGUUGCAUAGAGAUACUUCCUCAUUUUGAGAACCCAAAAGGAGUGAUUUUCCUGAGUUUCUGGGCAGAGGUGCACUACAACUCCAUUUAUCCCCAAGGAGAUAUACCAUCAAAUGAAUCUAGAAAGAAGAAAAGGUGGUGGAGCUUUGGCAGCAAGCAUUAGAGUCUUAGCUGAGCCAGUGAGCACACACCAUUUUGAACCUGUACAAUUUUCCUUGUUCAGGAAUGAAUUUAUAUCUCCAUGUUUUAGCUGCUUAUUUUUUAUGAUUAAUUUCAUUUACCUCUUCUAUUAAUUAUAAUCAUAAAUUUGGGUAUGCUCACUUCACACAGUUUCAUUCCAGUGACAUUUCAGAUGCUUUGGCUAAGAAA